GGAGGCAUUACCACCUGUGUAGGUAUUACGUCUCUGAUGUGUCAGAGGGAGUCAGGGCGAGUCUCGACUGCAGACAUCGUCGAUGCGCGCAGGAUGCUCAUCAGCAUGACAAGAAACCAUCGCUUUUCUCUUGAAGGUUCUGCAGUGACAAGAGUGUGACCGCUCAGAUCCACACGCACACACUUCGUAAGGAGUCUUACGCACGAGUUUUGACUCUGUGCCUGCUCGACAUUGUUCUGCUCUUCAGGCCUUUUUAACUCAAAAACAAAAUCCUCAGCCCUGACCUGAAUCCACCAUGUCUGGGAAGGAGCGCAGCCCCCGCCAUCGGCCAUGGUCGGUCUACCGGGCCAAUACGUUUGAUCUCUCUGCUGAGAUGAUGGGGUUGGCUCUCUCAGGCAGCAGUCAGGACCCAGAUGAGCCGGUGCUGGAGUUCAGCGUGGCCUGCAGUGAGCUGGUGACUCCUGCACUGGACCGUAAGCCGACCAGCUUUGUGGCUGUCAGCUGCACCACUCCACCCCAGGCCUUCUGGACUAAACACGCUCAGACUGAGAUCAUAGAGGGCACCAGUAACCCCAUCUUCCUGAGCAGUAUAGCUUUCUUUCAGGACUCCCUGAUCACUCAGCAGACGCAGGUCAAGCUUUCAGUCUACGAUGUAAAGGACCGCUCACAGGGCACGAUGUACAUGCUCGGCUCUGCCAUGUUCUCCGUGAAGGAGCUGCUGCAGGACAAGCACCACAGACUGCACCUGACUCUCAGGUCAGCGGAGAACGAGCGUGUGGGCAACAUCACUGUCAUUGCCUGGCAGAUAGAGGAGAAACGCGAGCAGAGAGCUCCUGUCGCAAGAUUACAGAGGGGGGAUACUGUUAAUGGAAGGAUGGUUCUGCCUGUGGAUGAAAGCCUAACUGAAUCCAUGGGCAUCAAAUCCAAGUCGUCCUCUUUGUGUAAAGAUCCGCUGCUGAAGGCUGUGUUUGGCGGCGUCAUGUCACGGACGUACCGUUUUCCCACUACGGAUGGUAACCACCUGCGGAUUUUGGAGCAGAUGGCAGAGAGCGUGCUCUCCCUGCAUAUUCCUCGACAGUAUGUCAAACUGCUGCUGGAGGAGGAUGCUGUCAGGGUGUGCGAGCUGGAAGAACUGGGUGAGCUGUCUCCAUGCUGGGAGAACCUCAGGAGGCAGAUCAUUACUCAGUACCAGACCAUCAUCCUCACCUACCAGGAGACCAUAAGUGACCUGCAUGAAUAUAAGGGUCCGUCAUUUAAGUCUAGCACCUUGAAAGCUGAGAGGAAGUUGGAGUUUAUUCCCACUAACCUACAUAUCCAGAGGAUGAGAGUACAGGGAGAGUCUGGUUAUGACCGGACGUAUGACGUAGUAACUAUUGGUGCGCCUGCAGCACAUCAUCAAGGCUUUAAAGGCUGCGGUCUCCGAAAGCUGCUGCACAAGCUCGAAGAAGCCAGGAAACAAACCCAUGGAGAGGAGGGCUCUAAAGCAAUGGCAUACCAGCCUCAGGAUGUUGUUAAAGCAAAGGAGCUGAUCGGUCAGAUUAACACUCUUAAGACACAAGUGUGUUACUACACUGAACGUCUGUCCCGAGCUGCCAAGGAGCGCUCAGCCAAUGCUUUGGAGAGAACUCUGGCCAUCCUAACAGAGAAGACUCGUCAGCUCGUGACCGUGUGCGACUCCAAGCUGCUGUCCACAGCCAUCGUGGCUCUGGCAGCAGCCCGCCCAGAGUUCUCUCAGCAAAGCACCCCGUCGCCAUCCUCCUCCUCCCUCUCGCCCUCCUCUCGCUCUCCGUCCCGCUCCCCCUCUCGUCACCCCACCUCACCCUCUCGUGCUACCGCCUCACCCUCUCGCCACACAGCUCCUCUGGAGGGCAGUGAAGGGACUAAAAACAAGCGCGCUUCCAUGCAGGCAGAUUUGCAUGAAGAGGAGUGGGAGAAGAUUUGGCUAAAUGUGGAUAAAAGCUUGGAGUGUGUGAUCCAGAGAGUGGACAGGCUGCUGCAGCGGGACAAACUCCAGAGCGACAGCAGCUCCGAGGACGUCUUCCUGCUCGCCACUGAAGAGCCGGGUAACACUAAGAAAGAAAGCAGCCCAGAGAUUGAAAAGUCAUCCCCAGGUGAGUGGAGCGACGCCCUGUAUCCUCUCCUCACCACACUGACAGAUUGCGUGUCUCUGAUGAGCGACAAAGCCAAGAAAGCCAUGGUGUUUCUGCUGAUGCAGGACAGCGCCCCCACCAUCGCCAUGAGCCUCACCCUGCAGUACCGCCGCGACGUCGUCUUCUGCCAGACGCUCACCGCUCUGAUCUGCGGCUUCAUUUUAAAGCUGAGGAACUGCCUCUGUGACUCAGGCUACCUCAGGCAGCUGCACACCAUCGGCCUGCUGGUGCAGUACGAGGGCCUGCUCAGCACUUAUGGCGAGGAGCUGGCCAUGUUGGAGGACAUGAGCGUCGGAGUGAUGGACCUGAGAAAUGUCACCUUUAAAGUUACCCAGGCAACUUCUGGUUUCAGCCCCGACAUGCUGCCGGUGAUUACGGGGAACAGGAGCGGCUUUAACGUCAGGGUCCCGAUGCCCGGGGCGAUGUUUGACAUGCUGCCACGAGAGAUCCAGAACGGGAUGCUGCUGCGAGUUCAGCCCGUCCUGUUCAACGUCGGCAUUAAUGAACAGCAGACUCUGGCUGAGAAGUUCGGAGACACAUCGCUGCAAGAUGUCAUCAACAUGGAAAGCAUGACUCGCCUCAGCUCGUACUACGACCAGUUUAAAGAGGUCCUUCCAGAAGACUGUCUCCCUCGCUCUCGCAGUACCACCAGCGUGCCCGAGCUGCUCAAACUGCUGAGCCAGAAUGUGAACGCCAAGAAGAACAAGAACGUGGAGAUCCUGUGGCAAGCAGCUGAGGUGUGUCGCCGCUUGAACGGAGUGCGUUUUACCAGCUGUAAGAGCGCUAAGGACCGCACAGCCAUGUCUGUGACCCUGGAACAGUGUCAGAUCCUGCAGCAGGAGCACGCCCUGGCCCCACAGGUCUUCUAUCAGGCCUUGGACUGUAUGCGCAGCGAGGGCUGCAGGAGAGAGAACACCAUGAAGAAUGUGGGAUGUCGUAAAUAUGCCUUUAACGCUCUCCAGCUCAAGGCCUUUCCCAAACAAUACCGCCCUCCAGAGGGGACAUAUGGGAAGGUCGAGACCUAAGCGGACUCUCCUAUUUGGCAGAAACCAAAAGACUGAAAGGGGAUGAAGAAGAUGGCGCCACACAAACAAAAGUACCAACACAAACUGGAACAGCAGCCCUUUGUUCUGUGCUUAGUCACUGUUAAGAUAAUAAAUGUCCAAGUGCCAGUGCUCACUGUAGAUCAUUUUCUAGCAGACUCCCCUCCCCUCUCAGUAGUAUUAGAUUCAAACACUUUUCACACACACUUCACAGCCACAGUCAGCUUUCUGUGUUACUUUGUAGCCAGUGUGCAGACAGUGUUUGCUGCUGUACCACUUGUAGCAUCGGGAAGCGUACAGCCUCUCUGGAUUCAUUUUAAGGAGACGUGCAAAAGCCCUUAGCGUUUUAGAAACAAAAAGAUGUGGCACACAGGUGUAUUUGUACUCAGCAGAGCAGCUUUUGUUGACGCUGUCACACCGUCUGUUAAGAAGUGAGACUGCUGAUUAUCUACAAAACAUAAAAAGCAUUGAGCCCUUUUCAGACAUUGGAUUCCCACUGGCUUUACAAAGUGUGUCACUGACCCAAAAGUCAUUUUACUUUUCAUGUUCAUCACAUAAAUCACUACUUUCAGUUGCUCCCUUAUCCCAAAGGGUUCACCACAGCAGGUAGCUCUGGAUGUAUGAUCUGUUUUCUUUCCUGACUCAAUCCCAAAGAGGAGUUUGUAUCACCAGCUGGAUGUGAAUCUGAAACAUUUUGCUUUGCAAGCACACAUGUGUAAACCACUACACUAACAGAGCCUCAGACAUACAGUGGGGGGAAUAAUCAUUUGAUCCCUUGCUGAAUUUUUAAGUUUGCUCACUUACAAAAAAACAAGGAGUCUCUAAUUUUUGAGGUACUUUCUUUCUUAAUGGAGAGAAAUAUGAACCAAAAUCCAGAAAAAACUCCUAAAAAAUUAUAAAUUGAUUUGCAUGACAGAGCUUGUUGACCAGUGUGGAGAUGCUGCUGUGGUGUUUUAGGUUGUCAACUGAAGUCACUGUUGUGAGCCAAAGCCUAAAACAACUGAAGUCUGCUGAUUUCUGGAUUCUGUCUUGGCUAUUUCUUAGGCAGGAAGCUGUAUUCAUGCCUGCCUACCAUGUUAAUAUGACUGAAUGCUGUUCACAAUGUUGAAAUUAUUUCAAGUUAGCCUGCCGUCACAGCUUUUGGUCACAGAAAAGUGACCAAAAUGCUGUUUCAGACAGAAUACGUGAGGUUCAGAUGUUGCCAGACUGUAAGGAGUGCAUGUCUGAAUGGGGCUUUAAAUUUAUGUGCGUAUUGAUCUGUGCCUCACCACAAAAACAGCAUGUGUGGUUUACAUCGAGCCAAGCCUAAAGCACUGAGGUACAGUAUAAAUCCACUACUUAAAACAAUUUCCAUCUCAUAGAUUUUUGUCCUCUGUCCUACUUAUUUUGGCAAAUGACAGGGAAUAAUGUCGGAACUGAUAUGAAGGUUUGUUCUUUUUGGUCAACAUAUAAAGACAAGUUUAAAAGACAAGACAAGAGAAGCUAGCAAGAUGUCACGGGAUGCUAAUGACCUAUCUCCUGCUGCUUUAAAUCCACUCUAGGCAACACACAGGUCAAUAAAAUUAAUCAGAGCAAGCGUUGUCACUUGAUAGAGAUGUUUCUCUGGAGAUAAGCUGCUCAGCAGAAUCUGCAGGAGUUGUUAAAAUCAAAGUGCUUAUUUUGUUUAUUUUCCUUUAGGCAACCGUCAAACACGUGAAUAUUUUGCACCACAUCACUCCAAUACAAGCACACUUCUUUGACGAGUACAGCAUAUAUCUGACACGACUCUGACAUUUUUAUUGAAAUUAUGUCUUACCUAACUUCUGGUGUUCUUCUGAUGCUACGCUGGAAGCAUUAAAGGAGAACUUGUGGACAAAUGGUGGGCUUCAGAGUGGUCCAUCACUUUAUUCCACAACUCUAACAUGUCUAAGGAAACAUUUCUGCAGGAUCAUAUGCAGCGCUAUGGUGGUUUGAGAGCCCUUCAAACUUAGGUUUUUAUUGAUUAAAGCAAUGUGUGUGUUUUUUUCUCAGUUCUCUGAAAAAUUAUGCAGCACUUCUUGAUUAGAAUCAAAAAUCUUAUUCAUUUUGCCUGCAUGAAAAGAUCUUCAGCUAUAUUUUAUUGCAGCUGUACACUACUGCAGUUCCGCAGUGAUGUAUGGGAUAUAUGCAGUUUUGACUAUCAAUGAGAAGUCGAUAAAGGUUUUUAGACUCAAGUGAAAUAAUGCAUAUUGCAUUAUUGUGCUAACGAACACCUCUUUUGUUUUCUGUUUAACAGCUGUUUGCUUAAAUUGUAUAAUGUGCAAUACUUGCAGAGAAAGGGGAUUUUAUUUUGGCUAUGUUAUUUAUGUUCAUAUGGCUGGUGCUGCCAAAUGCUGUUAUAGUUUCAUCCAUUGUUAUCGAGUAAGUUAUGACUUUGAUCUGAUCAGUUGUAUGUGCACACAGGAUGAACGGGUUGCCUAGCAGCGACCUGCACGCCACAGAGGUAUGAACUGAAGCUGGAUAAUGAAUAAAGGCUUGUCAACGGCAAA